GGCUCGUCGCCUUCUCGUCUCCGGGGUAGAUUCAAUAGUCUUAAUCAGACCUAAGAUAUUCCUCAUACAGUAAAAUAUUUCAUAUCAAGAGAUGGGCGUUUCAUUCGAAGGAGUUAUGCAUCGCCGUUGUGUUUGGGACUUUUGACUAUCACGGCGCAUUACAUGUUAGAGGAAUCUUGCGAUACCCUUCCGUGAAAAAGGUACGAUCCUAUAAGGCGAGUCUGGUGCGCCUAUGAGAUCACUGAGGUGGCUUACCUUUCUCCCCCAAAUCAUACCCCCCAAGUUUCAUCCAGAGUUGGACUCGAUCGCCUCUACUUUAAUUUGACUGCUGUGUUACCGCCCAUCAUCGCAAGAUAUGGCUGCACUUGUGCCUCUGGACGAACUGAUACCCUUUCCCACGGAGGUUAACGACACCCAUAAGGUGUAUAGAAUCGCGGCCGCCUGUAUAGCCCUCUGCAUUGUUACUACGGGCUUCGUGGUAGCACGCCUUACACUCCGAGCCCGAUCCAAGAAUUUGGGACCGGAUGAUUAUGCCAUCAUACCAGCAACUAUACUGUACAUCGGCUGGUCGAGUUUAGCAGCCUACAUCAACCUCAAUGCGGGAGUCGAUAAGCCUCUAUGGGAGAUCACCAUAGAGGAAUAUUCCCUAUGGUACAAAGGAAUCGUAGCGACGGCAUGGCUAUACCCUAUAAUGUCAGGCACCAUCCGAGUUUCCAUCACCCUGUUCUACCUGCGUAUCUUUGGACACGGUAACAAUGUAACGACCAGGCGGGUUCUUUAUGCAUUCUUAGCCUUGCAGGGCGUCUACGUCGUGGUCUUCUCCAUUACACCCGUUUGGGCUUGCCAACCACUCUACUGGGCAUGGGACCCUCUACAGCAUCCUCUACACUGCAACGAUUUAUACUAUACGUACUCGACGAUCGGCCUCUACAGCGUUAGCUUAGCGUACGACGUUGUUCUACUAUUAUUCCCAAUAUUCCCCGUUGUGAAGCUCAAUAUGGGUUGGCGAAGACGUCUUGGUAUCAUGGUAAUCUUCAUGUUGGGUGCAGCGGCUAGCAUUGCUGCUGCAUUGAAGUUGGCGCUGUUUGUGGACGGCAUCCGAAGAUUUGUGGUUACGGAUCCCGUCUUUUUCAAAUACCUCGCCUCGCGCUUUAUUGCCGGGUCGUUCGCUGGUUAUGGCGAGACAUUUUGGAUCCCGUCUCAAGUCGAGCCUACUGUCGCCCUCAUCGGAGCAUCGCUACCAGCACUCGGCCAUUCCAUGAGGCUCGUUGCAGGGCAUGUCACAAAAGUAUGGUCUAGUUUAACUUCGACUUCCAAGACUACGACUUAUGACUCCCAAUCAAAUCCACCAACAUUUGGCAACAAGCAGACAGCUAGUAAAGGAGGGUUUCGACCCCUGAAUGAAUCACAGAUCGAGCUACGGGAUACAGGAAGGUCCAAAGUCGAUAGUCGCGCGCAAUCUACCGACAAUAGGAGUUAUUAUUGAUUUUUACGAAUGUAGGCAUCACGUCAUACGGCCCUGGAAGUCGCCGUAUCAUGUAAAUUUAGCGGCUCGUCAACCGAUCCUCUGUAUUAUAACACGACGUUUCCUGCCGGUAGAGAUGAUGAGUCUUGGGCGCGGAAACGAUUUGAUGUUGUACAUAUGAAUUAAAAAGUUAUGAAUUAAAAAGUUAUGGAAAAGGCAAUGUAUACAAUUUAACGAAGUUAUCUACGAGAGAAAUGCCCAUCGCCAAACGUAUCCACUCAAUUAAUAAUAGCAAAGAAUAUGAAUAUUCGUUAAAUAACCUUGAGAUCGUAUUGAUCAUCAAGUCCGCUUUUAAACUACUGAUUCAAUUACGAUGAGCGAGGAAUUGAAAACAGGUUAAUGUGCCAAAACAG